CCUGCAGCGGUGGAAACUGAUUAAAGCGCUUCCUCUCAGGUGACGCCGUUUCUCCAGAUGAGCCGAGGGCCGACAUGGACCUACGCCUGUUCAGUUUUUGGGUUUUGCUGACAAGCCUGACCCUUUCCCAAGAUCAGGUUUUGGGAUGCAAUCAAGGCCAGUGGCAGUGUGAUGAUGGGAACUGUAUCCCUGAUGUGUGGAGAUGUGACGGAGGAGGAGACUGUCUGGAUGGAUCGGAUGAGAUGGAUUGCACUGGCUCUCCUGAAUGUCCGACUGGUCAGUUUUCCUGUAUGGAUUCUGUUGGCUGUGUUGAUUUGUCGGCCCGCUGUGAUGGACAAAUUCAGUGUCCCACCGGCUCUGAUGAGGAGAACUGUAAAGCUCUUGAGGGCUGCUUGGAGUCUGACUGGACCUGUCGAAACAACAUCUGUAUUCCUAAGGAGCUGCGCUGCAACGGAGUGAAUGACUGCAUGGACAACUCUGACGAAGAGGACUGUGGUCUGUGUGGUGAGGACAGUGUUCGAUGUCCAGAGGGGACAUGCCUGUCUGCUGAACAGAGGUGUGAUGGGACAGUCCAGUGCUCAGAUGGAAGCGAUGAGCCAAUCACAUGUGGUCGUAUUUGCUCUAAGAACAACGGUGGCUGCAGUCAUGUGUGUGUGGAUGAAGCUUGGGGAGCACUGUGUGCCUGUCCUGAUGGAUACAAGCUCUCUACUAACGGAGCAGUCUGUGAAGAUCUGGAUGAAUGUGCUCAACCGUUUGCUCCCUGUAGUCAUCACUGCACUAAUACCAUUGGCUCCUACUAUUGCCACUGCAGAGAAGGCUUCAUACUAAAUGGGAACUCCACAUGUGUAGCUACAGGUAACGCUGUCAGAUUGCUAACAGUACAGAGGAAAUCUAUCGGGCUGCUGAAUGUGGCAUCUCAAAAGUUUGAAGUUAUCCAGACUCUAGUGCUUGACCCAGUGGCCUUAACUUUUGAUGUUGCCCGAGGCUGGUACUACUGGGCUGACAACCAAGGCAACAUUUAUAAAAGUGAUGGAAAGAAAAAAUGGACAAUCAAUACUGGGGAGCCUGGAAUCAAGGGUCUUGCUUGUGAUUGGCUGAAUGGAAACCUGUUCUGGACCAAUCAGAAGACGGAGACGAUCUACAUGCAGGCAGCUGAUGGGAAAAGUUAUACUACUGUGCUGAGCAAAAACAUCAUGCCAUCAGAGUUGGUGCUUAUGCCUGUGGAGAGCUUGAUGUUCUGGAUCAAUGGCGGCCCCGGGGACAGAGUGACUAUAGAGAAGUCGUGGAUGGAUGGGUCAGAAAGAAGCUCUCUAACUGUACUCACUGCUCAGUCUGCCCACGGCCUCACUGCUGACGUGGCUGCCAGGAGGCUUUACUGGAUCAGUGACUUUAAGAAGUCAAUAGAGACGGUGAAAUUGGAUGGAACUGGCCGUUACUCCGUCACAGGACUUUUCAACAGGAGGCCGGCUCUCAGCCUGGCUGCUUUUGAAAGUGCGUUCUACAUGGUGGAUGAGAAAGGACUGUGGAAAUCUCCACAGAACAAGCCAAACCAGAAGAUAUUUAUCUGGAAAGCAGCACUGCCAAUGUUAUCUGUUUACCAUCAGCAACAGCAGCCCCAGGGUUCAUCUGCAUGUACCAAGACUCAAUGCCAGCUCUGCCAGCUGACUAAAAGCAGCCCUGUUGGAUUCAUCUGCUCUUGUCCAAACUCUAAAGUACUCCUGCUAGAUGGGACAUGUGAAUAUCCAAGGUUUCUAUAUGCUACCAUUAAUGCCAUUUACACGUUGGAGUUCAGAGGCAGAGAAUCCACUAAAACCCAGCUUUUUACCACUGAUGAUGGCAUUCUGUCAUUUGAUGUGGACUGGUACAGAGACUGGCUGUACUGGGCCAACAAAACUGGUCAUAUUCAACGCACCAGUCUAACCCAGGCCAAGACUGAGGGGGUCCCAACACCUUUGCCAGCUUGUCUUAUAAAAGUAGACCAGAGGAGAGGGAACCUUUAUUGGGUGUCAUGUGACCAAAAAAGCAUUGGCACCACAACAGCCAACAGUCGAUACCCACAGCAGCUCUACCAAACAACCAAAGAGAUCCGGGACCUGUAUCUGGACUGGCUGAGGGGAGGCCUUCUGUGGCUUGAGGAUGAUGAAAUCCUCUCCAUGAGCAUGAUGGGGGGCAAAGCCAAAGAGCUGCUGCACCUAGCAGCAGGAGAAGUCAAGGGGAAUGUCGCCUUCGACCUCAGGGCUAAUACUUUGCUCUGGAACUCAAAAAGAGCAGGUUUGACAGCAAUGAGCCUGCUGCAAGAAAGAAGCCACCAAGCAGGCAGAAGGUGGAACAUAUCAGGCUCAGUAAUAGCUGCCUUCGAGCCCUUUUUGUUGUCCAAUUCGGAUGAUGUCAUCAAUCUCUGGGACCGGCGUGAUGGGAGGCCCAUUCAGGACAUGACUGUCGAAGGUCGCGUGUUUGGUGUAAUCCCUGCACUGAAGGGAAUCAAAACAGUGCCAAAUACUCCAGUCUGCAGUGAACCCUCUGUGCUGUGCCGACAUACGUCAAUCUGUCUUGCACAAACCAAGCUGUGUGAUGGGCAGAGAGACUGCCCUGAAGGAGAUGAUGAAGACCUUUGUGUGACUUCUUGUCCAUCUAAAGAUGAUUUCAAGUGCAAGGACCAGAGGAGUUGUAUCUCCACGAAUCUUGUUUGUGAUGGCCGUUCUCAUUGUCGCGAUGGCUCAGAUGAGGUUGACUGUCCUGCUGUAGCUUCACCUGUAGCUCGAGCAAACGUCCUGAAAUGUCGGACAGGGUCAGUGCCAUGUAAAGACGGCACAGAGUGUGUUUUAUACAGCCACGUGUGCGAUGGAGAAAAGGACUGUGGUGAUGGAUCAGAUGAACAAGGAUGUGAUGCCAAAGACCAGACCACUUCCCCAACAAACAAAAGGCCUCCUGCCACUAAACCUCCCGCUCCAGCUGUACCAGCCUGCAGCAGCCCUUCAGUGCUCUGUCCCCGCUCUUCAGUUCGCAUCUGCAUUUCUCCAAGCCAGUUUUGUGAUGGACGUAAAGACUGCCCCGAUGGCUCUGAUGAACAGACCUGUGUGAAAAGAUGUCCCUCAAAGAAUGACUUCCGCUGCAAAGACCGCCGGAGCUGCAUAUCCAAGAGCCUGGUCUGUGACGGUCGGUCUCAUUGUAAUGAUGGCUCAGAUGAGGUUAACUGUCAGAAUCAAGCUCCUCCUGCAGCCCCAGCAAAUGCUCUGAAGUGUCGCAUGGGCUCCAGACUGUGCAGAGAUGGAACAGAAUGUGUUCUCUUCAGUCACGUUUGUGAUGGAGAGAGGGACUGUAGAGACGGAUCAGAUGAAGAUGGAUGUGAUGCUGCAGAGGUUGCUCCUGCUCCUGCCUCAGAAAAUCUGCCUUUGAAUAGAUCACCUAUACCUGUUCAACCCUCCAUUGAGCCUCCCACCCAGCCGCCCUGCACUAACCCUUCAGUUCGAUGUCCAGGAUCUGAUUUAUGCAUCAAACCAUCGCAAUUCUGUGAUGAAAAAAGAGACUGCCCUGAUGGAUCUGAUGAGAACUGUUUGAAAAAAUGCCAAUACAGGACUGAUUUUCUCUGCAAAGAUCGUCGCAGCUGCGUCUCAAAGAAAUUGAUGUGUGAUGGCCGCUCUCAUUGCAAUGAUGGCUCAGAUGAGGUCAAUUGUCCUAGCAUAGCUGCUCCUGCUGCUCGUGCAAAUAACCUGAAGUGUCGCAUGGGCUCAAAGUCAUGUAAUGACGGCACAGAAUGUGUUCUCUUCAGCCAUGUGUGUGAUGGAGAGAGGGACUGUCGUGAUGGAUCAGAUGAACAAGGAUGCGACACAGCACCUGCAAAUGUUGCAGAAAAUGUCAAUUCAAAUGAGUCUCCUGCACUCCUUGAGCUUGUCACUGAGAUUCCCACCCAGCCACCCUGUGCCAGCCCUUCAUAUCUGUGUCCUGGUUCUUCUCUGUGCAUCAAGCCAACACAAUUUUGUGAUGGAAAAAGAGACUGCCCUGAUGGAUCUGAUGAGAACUGUUUAAAAAAAUGCCAAUACAGAACUGAUUUUCUCUGCAAAGAUCGUCGCAGCUGCAUCCCCAAGAAUCUGGUUUGUGAUGGUCGGUCUCAUUGUAAUGAUGGCUCAGAUGAGAUUAACUGUCCAGGUGUUGCUGCUCCUGUCGCUCGGGCAAAUGGCUUGAAGUGUCGCAUGGGCUCAAAGUCAUGUAAUGACGGCACAGAAUGUGUUCUCUUCAGCCAUGUGUGUGAUGGAGAGAGGGACUGUCGUGAUGGAUCAGAUGAACAAGGAUGCGAUAAUGAAGACUCUGGCACUACCGGUCCUGCAGAGAAUCUUCCGUCAAAUGAGUCUCCUGCUGCUGUCCAAUCCUUUACUGAGCCCCCCACCCAGCCACCCUGUAGCAGCCCUUCAGUUUGGUGUCCAGGUUCCUCUAUAUGUAUAAACCCAACACAGUUUUGUGAUGGAAAAAGAGACUGCCCUGAUGGAUCUGAUGAGAAGUGUGUCAAGAGAUGCCCAAACAAAGCUGACUUCCGCUGCAAAGACCGUCGAAGCUGCGUCUCCAGGAGACUAGUCUGUGACGGCCGGUCUCAUUGUCAUGAUGGCUCAGAUGAGUUGGAUUGUCCAAGUGUAGCUGUUCCUGCAGCUCAGGCAAAUGCUCUGAAGUGUCGCAUGGGCUCCAGACUGUGCAAAGAUGGAACAGAAUGUGUUCUCUUCAGUCACAUUUGUGAUGGAGAGAGGGACUGUCGUGAUGGAUCAGAUGAAGACGGAUGUGUUGUUUUAAAGACUACCCCGGCCACCGCCUCUGAAGAUCUGGGCUCAAAUGAAUCGCCUGUCCAACCUUCCAUUGAGCCUCCCAAUCCGCCACCCUGCAUGAGCCCUUCAGUUCUCUGUGCAUCAUCAUUUUUAUGCAUCAAACCUUCACAGUUUUGUGAUGGAAAAAGAGACUGCCCUGAUGGAUCUGAUGAGAACUGUCUGAAAAAAUGCCAAUACAGGAGUGAUUUUCUCUGCAAGGACCGUCUGAGCUGCGUCUCAAAGAAACAAGUUUGUGAUGGGCGCUCUCACUGCAAGGACGGCUCAGAUGAGCUUAACUGUCAGGGUGCAGCUCCUCCUCCAGCUGCUCGCGGAAACGGCUUAAAGUGUCGCAUGGGCUCAAAGCCAUGUUACGACGGCACAGAGUGUGUUUUAUACAGCCACGUGUGUGAUGGAGAGAGAGACUGCAAGGAUGGAUCCGAUGAACAAGGAUGCCAAGAAACCUGCAAACAAGGUGAGUUUCAGUGCUCCCACGGCAAGAUGUGCAUCCCUGUGGCUCAGGUGUGUGAUGGGAGGUCGCAGUGUCGGGACCAGUCCGAUGAACUGGACUGCAGAGAACAAACCAAGAGCUGCGAGUUUCGCUGUGCAGACGGCAGCCGCUGCAUCCCAAAUAAAUUCCUGUGUGAUGGAGAGAGAGACUGCCCGGAUGGUACUGAUGAGGUCGGUUGUGAGCCUGUCAGUGAUGCUGCUACAACAGAGUCUCCUGCUCUCACAUUUGCAUCAACAUGCAUCACUCCAUCAGUUAUCUGUCCCGGAUCAUCACUUUGUAUCUCUCAAAAUCAGCUGUGUGACGGAAAAAGAGACUGUUCUGAUGGAUACGAUGAAAACAAUUGUAUUGUCCAGUGCAAAAAUCCUGAUGACUUCUUGUGCAGCGACAGGAGGGCAUGUGUCCCAAGGAAGGAACUGUGUGACGGUCGUUCCCACUGUCCUGAUGGUUCAGAUGAGAGGUGGUGUCAAUCAGUAGAUCAUGCAGCUCCCUCCUCCAGUGUGCUCAGUGCCAGAUCAGGCCCACUUAAGUGCCGCAGGGACUCCAAGCCUUGUAAAGACGGCCUGGAGUGUGUUCUGUACAGCCAUGUGUGUGAUGGAGAGAGGGACUGCAAGGAUGGAUCAGAUGAGGAGGGAUGUGCAGCUUUGUGCAAAACAGAUGAGUUUAAGUGUGCUCAUGGAAAUAGAUGCAUCCCAUCGGAGCAGGUUUGUGAUGGACGGAACAACUGUCAGGACCGGUCUGAUGAAUUGGACUGUUCAAGUCUGAUCGAGGGCUGCCAUCACCGCUGUGAUAACAACACCCGCUGUAUACCAGACACCUUCCUUUGUGAUGGAGAGAGAGACUGUGCUGAUGGGUCAGAUGAAGAAAAGUGCGCUUUGGUUGCCUGUGCGAUUAACCAGUUUCGCUGUACUAGCGGUCAGUGUGUGUCUGAGGCUUUGAGAUGUGAUGGUUAUGCUGACUGCAGUGACCGCUCUGAUGAGAUUGAUUGCAAGAGACCCCCGCGCUGCCCAGUGCAGCUGCGAUGCCCAAACAGCCAUGAGUGCUUACAGAAAGAAUGGCUUUGUGAUGGGGAGAAUGACUGCAAAGAUGGGUCAGAUGAGAAGAAGUGUGUGGCAGAACCAGCUAAGUGCAGGGAAUACCAGUGGCAGUGUGGAGAUGGCAGUCAGUGCAUCCCUCAGUCCUGGAGGUGUGACGGGAAGGUGGACUGUCAUAACGGCAAGGAUGAGGACAAAUGCAGCCUGAGGAAAUGCCCCCCUCACCUCUACCAGUGUGGCAGUGGUGAGUGUUUGGACCCCCGCCUGGUGUGCAACAGCCUCACUAACUGUGCUGACAGUUCAGAUGAGGGCCUUGGAUGUGCCAAACACAACUGCUCCAGCUUAUCUGCUCCUCAGUGUGACCACCACUGUGUCAGCACUCCAAAUGGACCGAGGUGUUUCUGUGCUGCAGGUUUUGUACCACACUCCAGUGCUGGGUCAUGUGUGGACAUUGAUGAAUGCAAUCUAACGCCAUACGUAUGCAAACACACCUGCCUGAACACCCGUGGGUCUUACAUCUGUCACUGCCACUCAGGCUUCUACCUGGAGCCUGACAACAAAAGCUGCAAGACAAAAGAUGAGCCUCUGCUCCUGGCUUCAGUGCAUUCAGAGCUGUUGCUGCUGGGAGUCCACAGCAGCACCUUGCGUCUUCUGUCCUCUGUCAGUCGGCCAGUCUUCUCACUGGAUUAUCACUGGGCUCAACAUAGGGUUUACUGGCUGAGUCCAGACUUCCAGAGCAUCCGCUGGGCUGACAUGUCAAAUACAAACAAAAAAGGGACACUUAUCAAAGGAGUGAAGUCAGAUUUCAUCGCGGUGGACUGGGUUGGUAGAAACCUGUACUGGGUGGAUGGGCUUGUAGGCCAGAUUCUGGCAGUGAAGCUUGGUGAUGUCACUGUGAGAUCUCAGGACUUUACUGUGGUCCUGGGUGAAGAUCUGGAGCAACCAAGCUCACUGGUCCUGCUGCCACACAAAGGGUUGAUGCUUUGGUCUGAGAUCGGCAGCACACCUCAGAUCGAGCAGUCUGGGAUGGACGGUUCAAAAAGGAAGGUGGUUAUAAGCCGGGGCUUGAUCUGGCCAGUCAGUUUGGCUUUUGACCUCCUGGACAACAGGGUGUACUGGGCCGAUGAGAAGAUGCGCUGCAUUGGCUCGGCUUCUCUGGAUGGAGAAAAUGUCAAGAUCCUCCAGUUAGCUGAAACACCAAGCCCUUUCUCUGUGACCGUCUUCAAUGACAGAGUUUUCUGGUCUGACACUAAAAGAAGGACCAUCCGAUCAGCUGACAAGACCACAGGCAAAGAUCAGAAGGUUCUCCUGAAAAGACCAGGGCAGCCAUUCGGACUGAAAGUGAUGCAUGUCCUGUCCCAACCAGCCAUACCCAACCCAUGUGAGCAGCUGCAUUGCUCCCACCUCUGCCUUCUGGCCCCACAGAGAGGCAAGUCUUCAGCAUCAGGAAUUCCAGCAGGAAGGGGGCCUAUGGCAGUUUGUCGCUGCCCUAAGGGGCUGCUACUUUCCAAAGACAAGAUAACCUGCCAACUGCCCAUGGACUCAACUUUCAUUCUUCUUUUGUCUCAAACAACUGUCCAUCAGAUUCACUUGCGCUCCAUGCAUCGCGAUGGCGUUGCUUUGAAAAAAAUGCCCAAUGGUCGAGAUCUAGCCCUGUCAGGGAUACAUGAGGCCUCAGCACUGGACGUGUCCAUCCAGGAGCUUUCUCUUUAUGUGGCUGACGCAGGCCAGGGAUCUGUUGAUGUGCUGAAACUAAGCAGCUCAAGGUCAAGACAGGAGCUGACAUCCUCUGGGCGAAUCCUCAAGCUGAAGGAUGAUUCAGUCACAACUCUGGCAGUUGACUGGGUGACCUCCAACCUUUAUUGGAGCAGCAUACAGAGACCAAACCUCCAUGUGACCUCCCGUCAUGAUGGCUACACCACCUCCCUGCUGCAGGGAUCACUACAGGGAACCACAUCUAUUGCACUGCAUCCCCCAUCAGGAAGACUGUGCUACACAGCAAUAGCUUUGGCAGGCGGUAAGAACCCGGCGGAGGUGAACUGUGCCUGGAUGGAUGGCCGUAGCAAAGCAUUGCUAUGGAGGAAGUCUAGUAUCCCCACAUCUCUGGUCUUUUCUAAUCAAGGAACAAUGAUCUACUGGGCUGAUUCGGGUGAAGGAGUAAUCAGCUCAAUUGGAGUGGAUGGAUCAGGAUAUAAACAGUACAAAACAGGGCCAGGUCUUCUCAUGUCUUUGACAUAUGUAGAGAAUGUCCUCCUCUGGGUCACCCUGGACAAAGAUGUAACCAGACUGUGGUUCAGUGAUGGUCUUCAGCCUAACCAACUGUGGUUUGAGACAAAGACGAGCUUUAUGGAGAUCAGAGGCUACAGCAACGACAGUCAGUCUGGCAGUAACGGCUGCUCCGACAACAACGGCGGAUGUGAUCACUUGUGCCUGGCCUAUCCUGGGGGUCGGACAUGUAAAUGUGGGCGGGGCUACUCCGCUGCCAAUGCCACUUCCUGUGCACCGCUCUUGGACUGCCCCGCUGGUCAAGAGCCCUGCUUUGACGGCAGCAAGUGUGUCAGCAGCGGCAAGUUCUGUGACGGACAGUUGGACUGUUCUGACGAGUCGGAUGAACAGGAGUGUCCAAACCCAAAUUCAGCCUCUUUCCGCCCUCGCCAGUCAGCCACCUCCUCCAACUCAAAUGCACAAAAGAACUCUGUGCUUUCAGUUUUCAAAGACUCUGCGUCCUGUGAUGUCCAGCGCUGCAACGGUCACGGCAGCUGUGUCACAGAGGGCAAAGUCUCUCGCUGCCAGUGUGAGUCUGGUUACAAGGGAGAGUUCUGUCAGGACACAGGGACUGGACCAAGCAAAGUGGGUGUGGCUCUAGGUGUCUUCUCCCUCAUCGCUGCACUGAUGGCUGCUGGCUUUUAUUAUGCUAAGAGGAGAGGCUGGGUUUCAAUCGGAGGCAGAUCCAUGGAAAAAGAAACUCUGAUGGCUAACAUGGGCCUGCCCUGUGAACACUACGACUCAGACUCUGAGGAGCUGGACUCCCCGGUUGAUGUGAAGAAUCCUCCACUAGCUUUAAAGUCACUGCAGCUGAGGUAGAAGUUCUGUACACUGCUGCUGAAUCAAACAUGCUGAUCAAAUUCUUUUUAAAAUAAAAGUCGGAAACAUAA